AUGAAAAUCAAGAAAAUAUUUCCUGCCAACACUCAAAACUAAUACUCAGUUAUUUAAUACGAAUAAGACAGUACAACUGUUCUCAGACUACAUUAAUCUACUUAUUCUAAACCAUAACUUUCUCUAGUUCCAAGCGAGGCCAGUCAAAAUUACUACUAAAUUAUCGAAAAGAAUAAGUUAUAGUAUCUUGAAUACUAUACUCAAUUUAAUGAAAUGAGAUUCAUGGAAAAUAUGGCAGGUUUUUAGAAUUAAUAACUUAAGGAUUAAAAUCAAAAUAGUAAAAAUAAGUCCUUUUAGAAAAUUUUCUCAAUAUGUUUGAAGAUAUGAUCUCAUGUCUAAUGGUGAUCUAAAAUACUUUACUUCUCAUUAACUUUGAUAAUCCUGACUUUUCCUAAACUUACAGUGUAUCUCCUAAUAUGAUGGUUGACAUAUUAUUUAAAGACAUUAAAGUAAGUUUCAUAUUAAAAUUUUUAGACAUUAGAAGGGCUACAUUUGGAAAUACAAUACGCUUCAUCUCUUAGAUAUUUAGAAACAGUAUUAGAGGCUCUAGAAUUCAAUUCAUAGCUUUUUUAGAAAAUUCAUCAAUUAGAUGUAAAAUAAUGGUCUCAAAAGUGUAAUAAUUAUCUCAAUAAUUUUACAAUUGCUAAAUAACAAAUUAAUAAUUCUUAACGAUCUUGUUGUUGUUUUAAAUGA